AUGUUUGCGACAAAAUGUUUGGCACAACAAUGUUAUAAGAUUGUUAAAUUACAAUCUCUUAAAUCAGCUAAGAUCUGUGUGCCAUCUGUUCGUUGUUACGGUAGUAUUUACGAACCUGAGUAUCUAGAUAUGUUAAAGCCAGAUAUUCCUGAAUACGAGGAAGUAAAUAUUCAAAUCAAAGGUUAUGACUUUGCCAUACUAGAAUCGUUUCAAAAACUUGUGCACACUAUUGCCGAAAAUAUGGACCUUGAAGUAUCUGAUGGGUGGGCAUUACCUCCACAAACAAUAAAUGUCAGACGAUUGGUGCCCAAUAGUGAAAAUGUAGAAGCACAAUUCACGUUAAGUGUAUACGAACGUAAUAUACAAGUGGUUGACAUCCCCGCUACUAAGCUUUCCUUACUUAUCGAAGUAAUAGAAGACUCACUACCUGCAGGGGUUAAGGCAUCAAUUCACAAGCACACGGACGAACACGAAAUACUCAAAUAUAUACCCGACAACGAACUGAAAACGUUGAAAAAUCAACUAGAAGAAAUGGGUGGUACAAAAAAAAAAAAGUGA